AUGGCCUCCCAAAACCGCGACCCCGCCGCCACCACCGUCGCCGCUGCCCGUAAAGGAGCUGAGCCCUGUGGGGGCGCUGCCCGGGGCCCCGUGGGGAAGAGGCUACAGCAGGAACUGAUGACCCUCAUGAUGUCUGGUGACAAAGGGAUUUCUGCCUUUCCUGAAUCAGACAACCUUUUCAAGUGGGUGGGGACCAUCCAUGGAGCUGCUGGCACGGUCUAUGAGGACCUGAGGUAUAAGCUUUCCCUGGAGUUCCCCAGCGGCUAUCCUUACAACGCACCCACAGUCAAGUUCCUCACACCCUGCUACCACCCCAAUGUGGACACACAUGGGAACAUCUGCCUGGAUAUCCUGAAAGACAAGUGGUCCGCUCUCUACGACGUCAGGACCAUCUUACUAUCCAUCCAGAGCCUGCUAGGAGAACCCAACAUCGACAGCCCUUUGAACACGCACGCAGCAGAGCUCUGGAAAAAUCCUCCAGCUUUCAAGAAGUACCUGCAGGAAACCUACUCGAAGCAGGUGUCCAGCCAAGAGCCCUGAUAGAAGGACCAUCUCUGCCCUGCUCCUCCUCUGUCUUCGUCUUUACUGUCCCUUCA